AUGUUGUCCACUCUCACCACCACGCCACUCACGAUCACCAUUGUAGGCGGCGGAAUUGGUGGCCUCUCUGCUGCCACCUUCCUCUCUCAAUCUGGACAUAAAGUUACUGUCCUCGAUUCUAACCCCUGUCUUUCGGAAAUAGGGGCCGGGAUCCAAAUCACGCCAAAUGCAAUGCGCAUCUUUGAUCGGCAUGGCCUGAAAGAUAGAUUUUACGAAGAGGCUACCAAGAAUGAAGGAGCAACCAUCAGGAGGUGGGACAACGGAACAGUAUUAGGGAAGCAUAGGGGUAUGGCAAUAAAGCGUUAUGGAUAUUUCAAUCUCACCCUACACCGAGCCGAUUAUCAAAGGAUUCUGUACGAUGCUGCGAUCAAAGCGGGCGCGAAGGUCGAGUUCAAUCGCAAAGUUAAAGAUGUAGAUUUUAGCACCCCUUCCCUCACUCUCGAAGACGGGCAGGAAUUCGCGACUGACCUUGUUAUAGCUGCAGAGGGAAUCGGCUCCCGUACACGCAUCUCAUUGUUCUCUGACAGCCACGCCCAUGGAACACCCGACUCUGCCCAUCGUCUGAUACUGCCAUCAUCCAUUCUUCGAUCCUCGCCAAUUCUCAACCCUCUUGUUUCCGAACCCAGCAGCACUAUCUGGUUCGGCCCCCAUCGGCACAUCGUAGCUUACACAAUCAGGGGAACUUCACUUUACAAUCUCGUCUUUUGCGGACCGGAAUCCAGCAGCUCCAAAAUUGGGGUCUGGAACCAACCAGCUUCUUUGCAGGAUUUAAAGAAGGAAUACGAGGGGUGGGAGGAGCCAAUCCAGGAGAUAUUGAACAGCGCAGAGGCGGUACAUAAAUGGCGCAUUGGCGAAGUCCCGGACUUGCCCAGUUGGAGAAGUGAAAACGGCAAAGUAGUGCUGCUAGGCGAUGCAGCACAUGCAAUGAUGCCAUAUACAGCACAGGGAGCCACUUCGACUGUUGAGGACGCGGCAGUCCUUGCCGGCUGUCUCGAGCGAGUGAGAAGCAAAGAGGAAAUCAGUAGAUUGACGGAGGCGUAUGAAAGCAUUCGCAAGCCAAGAGCGGAGAAAGUCAAGAAGACUAGUUGGGGGAACAUGAAGCACUACGGACUGGUAGAUGGGAAGGAGCAGGAAGAAAGAGAUAGGAUGUAUGCAAAGACUUUGGUAGUACAGACAAGGGAUGACGAGGAGAGGGCGGACAAGCCGCAGAAAGAUGCUAAUGCACCAUAUGGCAGUGCGGAGUUUUCGAUGUGGUUGUAUGGAUACGAUGUUGAGGAGGAACUGGAAAAGUAUUUCAAGGAUGGGAGAGUCGUGGAUUGA